AUGGUGCGCCUCUGCCUCUUGGGGGAUGCUGUGCUCCACCACUUCGGUAGAGCUGAGAGUGUCUGUUCCUCUACUCCUCAGCAGGUGCAGGGUGAGUGAUCCUAGUUUUUUUGGCAUCCCAGUUGGAGCCCUUGGACGGGAGUAAUGGUUUGCUGGCUGAUGCAUUUUAGGCUUUGAAAUGAGGCGCUGAAGUUCCAUCUGUGCUUCUCUGUCCUCCUUAGACACUUGGAGGAGGUGGGCCGCUGCUGGGCCAAAUGUCUGGCCAGGUGAUAUGUGUACACCUAGGAGUGGAUCCUUCUCUUUGUCAGGGAGCUGAAGAACUGAAUUCAUCAAACUUGGAUGUGGACACCAUGGCAGUAGGUGCAUGUUCGACAUUGAGGUUCCUGCUUGCCCUCUCAAAGAUUUUAGACAAGGAUAUUUUCUGGUCAACCGUCACUGCCAGGCUGGCAGGCUGGGACUGGACGAUGCUAGAGCUGUGGGACAUAUCACCAUCAGAGUGAUCAUAGUCUGUGUCAUUAGAGUGGGAGGCUCUUGUGGACAGUAUGUCAGUGUCAUCCGAUUCAACAACCACGCUCCGUUCAGAGUUAGGGGUUGGGUUUGGUACCUGGCUAGGAUGUGCUCGAGGGCAGACUCAAAGGAUGCCAUACGACUGUCCAGUGACUUAAUCUCCUUCUGCAUCUCAGUGCGUCGAGAUUUGUGCCCAGGCGAGGAUGAGCGAUGGCGUUUAUUGGGCGGUGGAUCACGAGGGGAGUGAGACCCAUCAUUAGACCUGGAGCGUUUGGAAUAAUCAUUGAUCAGUGUGGAAGACUCAUCUGAUGAGAAUCCGGAGGCUCCGCCUCCAAAGCACACAAGUCGAGAUUUCAAUGCUCUUGGUUUGAAUUUCUGACAGUGAUUGCAAGAGCUGCUACCCUGUGCAGCCACUUGAGCAUGUUCAACUUCCAAGCAAAGAACACAGUGUGUGCUCAUCUGAGGCUUGGAGUUGUUUUUCACACUGUUGACAUGGGUGGACAGCACUGAAUCAGUGUGCAAAGAAUGGAUUUUCACAUAAGAGAAGUGUGUUCCAAGAAAAAAAAAAAAAAAGGUUUUGUUUCGGUGUGAAUGCUUCGAUUGCCUCGGUAUCGCUUCGGAUACUUAGAGAGAAAGUUAUACUUACCAUUGUCUCCGACCCGUUGUGCUACGUGGUCGAAACUCCCACCUAUAUAAAGCUAUUUGACUGGUACAGUCAAGCGUGGACUGUCAGUUUUGGCGUUGGUGGACUCGGUCAAGCGAGGACUGGUAGCCUACAGUACCGCUGAGCUCCGUGAUCACAGCUCCAAGCAAGGGAGUGGUAAUGCUUGAUCAACGGGCUGGUGUGGCACGACACAGCGGGUCAACAAGCGCUAACAACAGGUACAACAAGCUAAGAAAAGACAGCAUGUCACGCCACACCGCCUUUUAUAGUGACAGGUCAUGUGGGUACAGUAUGGGUGUAGCGUGACUGUAAACCUCUUUGAUAUUAAGCAUCUCAAUCACAUUGCGUGAAGGGGAAGGAGUUCCCAUAGUUUGUUUGGCAACCUUUUAUGAAAACGAAAGAGAACCGUCGGUUACACAGUUAUAUGGUAAUUGUGCCAGCCCUACUUGGGACUGGUGGCAUGUUAUGUUGUUCUCUUUCAAUGACACAGUUUGAACUUAGUCAUCCUGGAGUAAUUUAAGGGGAGGUCAGUGCCGUUUCUAGGCGAGAGAGGGAGAGAUGGAGGUGCUGGGUCUGUGACUGAUAGAGCUGACAGAACAGAACGAUGACCCCUGACCCCUAGCUUCCUGUUGAUACAGGGUCACCUGGCACCUCCCGGAAGUGGAAUACACUCAUUUCCACUCCUCUUACCUCCCACUUGUCUCUGAGAACAGCUCUGAGACCUCUGUUUCCUCCCUGGGCCACAUCACAGAAACACGUGUUGUCUGUGUCCAGAUCAGUUCAUAAUCAUCAUUCUGACAAACAGAUACAAACGAUAGGACUCAAAAACUACAAGAUUGUACUUGUAUAUACUUGUAGAUACAUACAUUACAUGUUUCCUUAAGUUAAUGGGAUGCUAAGGUCGUUGCCAUAGAGAUUGAGGAGGAAGAACAAAGUUGUCUGUUGUCUCCCCCCUCCUUCCCUUUCUCCCUUGCUCUCUCUGGAGAGGAAACUGUGGAAUUGGCCCGUGUUGUUUUUGGGUCAAUUUCACAGUGCUGCAAUUUCUGCUUAGUCAGUUUGAAGUCAGCAAGAUAUUAGAGACUGGGUGGCGAUGCUCUUGUUUAGCUUGAUUGGUGUUAGAUUACUCAUGAUGUGUUAUGUUCCUUUGUUUGAUGGAAGGCCUAUGUAUAGAGAUACAGAAUGUUUAGCCAAUUAAAUGUGGGGUAAAUGAACAAACUUCAGAGAAAUCUGUAAUUAUCAGCUGGAAAUAUUACGAGAUGAUUUUGGUUCAUGUUGGUUUUCUAUCUGAGUGACAGCUAAGGGACACACUGAGAGGAUCAUUUUCAGGAAAUUCUGUCUCAUUUGAUAACUAUCUACGCCUUGAUACACUACAUGGCCAAAAGUUUGUGGACACCUGCUCGUCAAACAUCUCAUUCCAAAAUCAUGGGCAUUAAUAUGGAGUUGGUCCCCGAUUUGCUGCUAUAACAGCCUUCACACUUCUGGGAAGGCUUUCCAUUAGAUGUUGGAACAUUGCUGUGGGGAUUUGCUUCCAUUCAGCCACAAGAGCAUUAGUGAGGUCGGACACUGAUGUUGGGCGAUUAGGCCUGGCUCGCAGUCAGCGUUCCAAUUCAUCCCAAAGGUGUUCGAUGGGGUUGAGGUCAGGGCUCUGUGCAGGCCAGUCAAGUUCUUCCACACCGAUCUCGACAAACCAUUUCUGUAUGGACCUCGCUUUGUGCACGGGGGCAUUGUCAUGCUGAAACAGGAAAGGGCCUUCCCCAAACUGUUGCCACAAAGUUGGAAGCACAGAAUCGUCUAGAAUGUCAUUGAAUGCUGUAGUGUUAAGAUUUCCCUUCACUGGAACUAAGGGGCCUAGCCCGAAACAUGAAAAAUAGCCCAAGACCAUUAUUCCUCGUCCACCAAACCUAACAGUUGGCAUCUGUCAAACCCAGAUUUGUUUGUCAGACUGCCAGAUGGUGAAGCGUGAUUCAUCACUCCAGAGAACACGUUUCUACUGCUCCAGAGUCCAAUGGUGGCAACCUUUACACCACUCCAGCCGACGCUUGGCAUUGCGCACGGUGAUCAUAGGCUUUUGUGCGGCUGCUCGGCCAUGGAAACCCAUUUCAUGGAACUCCCGACUAAAAGUUAUUGUGCUGACGUUGCUUCCAGAGGCAGUUUGGAACUCGGUAGUGAGUGUUGCAACCGAGGACAGAUGAUUUUUAGGCGCUAUGCGCUUCAGCACUCUGCACUCUGUGAGCUUUUGUGGCCUAUCCCUUCGCGGCUGAGCCGUUGUUGCUCCUAGACGUUUCCACUUCACACUAACAGUACUUACAGUUGACUGGGGCAGCUCUAGCAGGGCAGAAAUUUGACGAACUGACUUGUUGGAAAGGUGUCAUCCUAAUGACGGUGCCACGUUGAAAGUCACUCAGUAUGGGCCAUUCUACUGCCAAUGUUUGUCUAUGGAGAUCACAUUGCUGUGUGCUUGAUUUUAUACACCUGUCAGCAACGGGUGUGGCUGAAAUAGCCAAAUCCACUAAUUUGAAGGGCCAUGUAGUGUACCUCUCAAUGUGUGUCCUAGAAUGUCACAGUGCUGAUAAUAGUCCUCUUAUUAGCCCUAAGACUGUGGCCUUAUCUAUCUUUUUCACACAACUGUAUUGCCAAGCCCAAACGAAAGUGAAUGUAGUCACAUGUCCAAGCCCUAACUGAAAUGACUGUAGUCACAUGUCCAAGCCCUAACUGAAAUGACUGUAGUCACAUAUCCAAGCCCUAACUGAAAUGACUGUAGUCACAUGUCCAAGCCCUAACUGAAAUGACUGUCGUCACAUAUCCAAGCCCUAACUGAAAUGACUGUGAUGUAGCCACCCUUCCUUCCACCACACUGUUCUCAUCAGUUUCCUUAGCUGCCUGGGUCAAGUCAGGAGUUGAGCCACAUCCAAUGCUGUGUUGCUGCUAGGGCUGUGGCGGUCAUGACAUGUUGUCAGCUGGUUAUUGUCAUGCAAAAGACUGCAAGUCUCACGGUAAUUGACCGUUAAUUAACAUAAACACGUUUAGCAUCUCCAGGCCUCCACCCAUACAAGCUGCAUACAAGCUGCUGAUGUGCACCUUUGCAACAUCUAAAUAAAUCAAUUGAAUAUACACCACUACAAUAAACCCAUUAUUUCUUUUUGUCAGGUCUAAAGAAACAUUAUGGUAUGAAGAAAAUGUAUUUCAGAAGAACGUAAUAUGAGUUGGCGUACUGAAUGUUAUCUGGCUAUGCUCCAUGCCAUAGGCUAUAGGCUUGUUCAUAGGUAGUGUUUUCCAUGCCGAAAGCAAUGCAAUCUAGGAAUGGUACGUUAAUACAUAAAAUACGUUUAACAGUCCACCCACUAAUAAAGUAUACAAGGCUUUAGUUGCUGAUUGCAACAAACUAAUAAAUCUUAGAAUACAAACUAAUGCCAUUAUUGCUUUAUUAGUGCAUAAUAAAUAUGAGAAGAAAAGUAUCGAGAUCUUCAGGUGCAGUUCUAAUGUAUCUUGACUUAUUUUACCAUUCCUGGCUUGGCUUUUCAGAUUUGACAGGAUAUCUUUUAGUCAAGCCUUAUUUACAUGCUGGAUUAUAGUACGAGAUAAUUACUAGCUGGUAAAAUAGAAGUAUUUCCCAUUCCGGACAAGUCUGUGCCAUAGAUGGAGGCUCUUGUUGAGUCAUAAGUGUCAUCCAUUAACAACCGCUCCUUCAAGUUAGGGGUUGAGUUGUAGGUCGGGGAACUUGCCAGAUGUGAUGGCACAACUCAAAGGUUCUAUGAAAUUAAAACGUAUAUGGGCUGCAUUGAUGCGACUAUAGGCUAUUGAUGAUCUCUUUACUAAUAUGUAGAAUUAUUUUGAUUUAGAAUGGCCCAUUAUCAAAUGGGCAGGAACAGGGACAGGGAGAAAAUACAUGUCAUCUGAAUGCACUGGAAUAGGGAAUGGAGGCCGUGCGCUUUCCCGCCGGUCCAUUUUUCAAUUAUGCUUGGUAGGCUAUGUAUAGCGGAGCAUGUGCUUAAUAUGAGCAGCUGAGAAUAAAUACAAGAACACUUAUUUCACUCCAAGCAUCAACCACUUUUUCAGGUGCAUGCUCUUGCUGCGCGACAGGUGAUAUUCCGCCCAAACUCUGGAUGCCAUGGGCUCUCCAACCCUGUUCCUGCAGCUACCCAGUGCUUAAUUUGGGAAACCAAGUCAAAUCCGUUCAAACAUCGAUAGUAACAUGUUUUCGCAAUGGAACAUAUUUCACAAAACUGUUGACAGCCCCCCUACGCGCUCGAGAACGGAAUAAAGGAGAGAGAGGAGGAGAUGGAAACACAUGGUGGUGAGAUACAGUGGGGAAAAAAAGUAUUUAGUCAGCCACCAAUUGUGCAAGUUCUCCCACUUAAAAAGAUGAGAGAGGCCUGUAAUUUUCAUCAUAGGUACACGUCAACUAUGACAGACAAAUUGAGAAAAAAAGUCCAGAAAAUCACAUUGUAGGAUUUUUUAUGAAUUUAUUUGCAAAUUAUGGUGGAAAAUAAGUAUUUGGUCACCUACAAACAAGCAAGAUUUCUGGCUCUCACAGACCUGUAACUUCUUCUUUAAGAGGCUCCUCUGUCCUCCACUCGUUACCUGUAUUAAUGGCACCUGUUUGAACUUGUUAUCAGUAUUAAAGACACCUGUCCACAACCUCAAACAGUCACACUCCAAACUCCACUAUGGCCAAGACCAAAGAGCUGUCAAAGGACACCAGAAACAAAAUUGUAGACCUGCACCAGGCUGGGAAGACUGAAUCUGCAAUAGGUAAGCAGCUUGGUUUGAAGAAAUCAACUGGGGAGCAAUUAUUAGGAAAUGGAAGACAUACAAGACCACUGAUAAUCUCCCUCGAUCUGGGGCUCCACGCAAGAUCUCACCCCGUGGGGUCAAAAUGAUCACAAGAACGGUGAGCAAAAAUACCAGAACCACAUGGGGGGACCUAGUGAAUGACCUGCAGAGAGCUGGGACCAAAGUAACAAAGCCUACCAUCAGUAACACACUACGCCGCCAGGGACUCAAAUCCUGCAGUGCCAGACGUGUCCCCCUGCUUAAGCCAGUACAUGUCCAGGCCCGUCUGAAGUUUGCUAGAGUGCAUUUGGAUGAUCCAGAAGAGGAUUGGGAGAAUGUCAUAUGGUCAGAUGAAACCAAAAUAUAACUUUUUGAUAAAAACUAAACUCGUCGUGUUUGGAGGACAAAGAAUGCUGAGUUGCAUCCAAAGAACACCAUACCUACUGUGAAGCAUGGGGGUGGAAACAUCAUGCUUUGGGGCUGUUUUUCUGCAAAGGGACCAGGAUGACUGAUCCGUGUAAAGGAAAGAAUGAAUGGGGCCAUGUAUCGGGAGAUUUUGAGUGAAAACCUCCUUCCAUCAGCAAGGGCAUUGAAGAUGAAACGUGGCUGGGUCUUUCAGCAUGACAAUGAUCCCAAACACACCGCCCGGGCAACGAAGGAGUGGCUUCGUAAGAAGCAUUUCAAGGUCCUGGAGUGGCCUAGCCAGUCUCCAGAUCUCAACCCCAUAGAAAAUCUUUGGAGGGAGUUGAAAGUCCGUGUUGCCCAGCGACAGCCCCAAAACAUCACUGCUCUAGAGGAGAUCUGCAUGGAGGAAUGGGCCAAAAUACCAGCAACAGUGUGUGAAAACCUUGUGAAGACUUACAGAAAACGUUUGACCUGUGUCAUUGCCAACAAAGAGUAUAUAACAAAGUAUUGAGAAACUUUUGUUAUUGACCAAAUACUUAUUUUCCACCAUAAUUUGCAAAUAAAUUCAUAAAAAAUCCUACAAUGUGAUUUUCUUUUUCUCAUUUUGUCUGUCAUAGUUGACGUGUACCUAUGAUGAAAAUUACAGGCCUCUCUCAUCUUUUUAAGUGGGAGAACUUGCACAAUUGGUGGCUGACUAAAUACUUUUUUCCCCCACUGUAUUCUGUAGCUAAAGGUAAUGUGUCACCCAAUUAAUUAUGAAAUAUGAAAAAUUCUCUAAUACUAGGCUAUUCAAAAUUGCCCAGCACAAUCAAUGAACCAACUGCAUCGCCUAGGGCUAUAUGUUCUCUCCCUAGUCUCGUGGAUAGAAAUUUUUUAAGCAUAGCAUAAGGUAACCAGUCCAUCCAGUAUGCAUAAUAAAUAGUCCACACUCAAAGGCGAUUACUCUAAUUUGGAUAAUUUGGAGUACAGGCUAGACCAAUUAUGUGCUAAAGACAUCUUAAAUCAGUUUUGUUUUAUGUUUUUCUAACAUGCGUAAUACAGUGCCUUUGCAAAAAGUAUUCAUCCCCCUUGGCAUUUUUCCUAUUUUGUUGCAUUACAACCUGUCAUUUAAAUGGAUUUUUAUUUGGAUUUUAUGUAAUGAACAUACACAAAAUAGUCCAAAUUGGUGAAGUGAAAUAAAAAUAAAAAACUUGUUUCAAGAAAUUCUAAAAAUUAAAUAACGGAAAAGUGGUGCGUGCAUAUGUAUUCACCCACUUUGCUAUGAAGCCCCUAAAUAAGAUAUGGUGCAACCAAUUACCUUCAGACAUCACAUAAUUAGUUAAAUAAGGUCCACCUGUGUGCAAUCUAAGUGUCACAUGAUCUGUCACAUGAUCUCAGUAUAUAUACACCUGUUCUGAAAGGCCCCAGAGUCUGCAACACCACUAAGCAAGGGGCACCACCAAGCAAGCGGCACCAUGAAGACCAAGGAGCUCUCCAAACAGGUUAGGGACAAAGUUGUGGAGAAGUACAGAUCAGGGUUGGGUUAUAAAAAAAUAUCCGAAACUUUGAACAUCCCACGGAGCACCAUUUAAAUCCAUUAUAAAAAAAUGGAUAGAAUAUGGCACCACAACAAACCUGCCAAGAGAGGGCCGCCCACCAAAACUCACGGACCAGGCAAGGAGGGCAUUAAUCAGAGAGGCAACAAAGAGACCAAAGAUAACCCUGAAGGGGCUGCAAAGCUCCACAGCGGAGAUUGGAGUAUCUGUCCAUAGGACCACUUUAAGCCGUACACUUUACGGAAGAGUGGCCUGAAAAAAUCCAUUGCUUAAAGAAAAAAAUAAGGCCAAAAGGCAUGUGGGAGACUCCCCAAACACAUGGAAGAAGGUACUCUGGUCAGAUGAGACUAAAAUUGAGCUUUUUGGCCAUCAAGGAAAACACUAUGUCUGGCGCAAACCCACACCUCUCAUCACCCAGAGAACACCAUCCCCACAGUGAAGCAUGGUGGUGGGAUGGUGUUUUCAUUUUUUUUUGUCUUAUUUCUUGUUUGUUUCACAAUAAAACAUAUUUUGCAUCUUCAAUGUGGCAGGCAUGUUGUGUAAAUCAAAUGAUACAAACCCCCCAAAAAUCUAUUUUAAUUCCAGGUUGUAAGGCAACAAAAUAAGAAAAAUGGCAAGGGGGGUGAAUACUUUGGCAAGCCACUGUAUGUGGUAGGGUAUGUAUUGUAUAACGGCACAAUCAUAAUUUUCGGGCUCAUAAGCCAAUGCCUAUGCAUAUGCAUAAGCUCUUAUAUGCAUAUGGUGUUUUGAAUUAAUCAUCACCUUAGAAAGCUGUCCAUUUUGUUGUGUUAGGCUUUGAAACAACAUCCACAAUGACCAUGGUUUACACUCAGUUUCAACCUGCUGUUGAACCUUUCUUCAAAGUGAUCAUCACAGUGAGGUGAGUUUUAAAAGCAUGAUACUGUUUUGAUGAUAAGUGUUUGAGGUGACUUUCAAUUGCAUUUGCAUUGAUAUCAGAGUAGUUAGAUGGACAAUAGAGCCCUGAGUACCAGGCCAUCAGGACCUGAUAGUUAUUAGCAAGUUGGGUACUACCAAAGCAUGUCCAGAGUGCAUAACAGGAGAUUACCAUGACUCAACCGUCAUGUGGCCAUAUCUCAAAGGUGCACACACACACACACACACACACAUACACACACACACACAUACACACACACUUGAGAGGGCAUAUCAGGGCCUGAACCACACAGCGGCUGCUGGCACCACCAGGCCCCUAACCACUCCCUCUCUCCCGGCCUUUCACUGUGGGAUUGUGUUCCGGGGGCUAGAGAGCAGGACUGUGCGGCACCAUUGUGUCGUGGGCCGGAGAUCAGGAAGCAGAGGAUAGCGUAGGAGAAGAAUGGGGGAAAUUUUGUUGCUGAAGUGGGGGAAGAGGGCUGGAGAGGCGGGGGUGUCAAUAGGGUCAUUUAUUUUUAGCGAGUGUCCCUGGCUGCUAUCCUUCCUCCUCUGGCCUCUCAGGACAUCCAGAUGUCCAGUGGCAAAACAGCAUUGGCAGCAGUUAGCUUAAUGCUUUUGUUGUGCUUAGAUAAACAGUGCAAUUGACAUAUACUGUAUAGAUAGAUCCAUAGUUUGCAAUGAGCAGAAAUCCCAGACAGUGUUAUUAAUGCUCCUCUCUGUAUGAGCCAGUUAUCCAGCCAGACACAUGGGACUCAUUUGUUGGUGGUGUUUUUGUUUGCCCUGUGAUUGAGUUAGAGCACCUCUUACAAGAGAUCUCUUUACAAAAACCCAACUGGCUGCAGAGGGGAUUCAUAUUAUUUAAUUUGAGUUGGAAUGAUUGUAAAUGGCUAGAAUAAAUCGGAUGGGCCAACAGUGUGGUUUAGAUUUGGAAAAACAUUGUGAAUUCAGCAUGCAUCUUAGUUCUGUUGAUGAUGAGUGAUUCCUCUGGUAAGAUUAAGUGUAUGUAUGUAUUGAUGCCAAUACAGAGAAUGAUGCUAGUGUGACUGUGAUGUAUUGCUUUCCAUUAGCCAGAUCUAAUUGGAUGUUUAUGUUACUUAAUUGGGUCAUGUGCCAAUUAGGGUUGGGCCGAUAUAUGAUACAUUUUUUUAUUUUAUUUCACCUUUAUUUAACCAGGUAAGCCAGUUGAGAACAAGUUCUCAUUUACAACUGCGACCUGGCCAAGAUAAAGCAAAGCAGUGCGAUUAAAAACAACAACACAGAGUUACAUAUGGGGUAAAACAAACAUAAAGUCAAAAAUACAACAUUAAAUCGAAUAUUGUGACAUUUGACAUUGACGAUAUAUCGUGAUGUGCAAGACUAUACUGUAUUUGGAUAUUACAAAUCAAAACUGUGCAAUUUUAUCAGUUAGGCUGUAUCAAUAUGUUGAAAAUGAAGUCUAAAUCAAUUAACUAAGCCUUAUAUUUUAGUCAGACAGAUUAUUUAAUGAGAAUGCGACUAUAAUAUUGUAAAUAAGCACAAAACUUGCAGAGUCAGGAAUUAUUUAGUCAGUAAUGGCGCAAAACAAUUAUAUUAGAUAUCGCAAUAUUUGGAGUAGCAUGUCGUAGAAGCUCAACCCUAGUGCCAAUAUGUCAGACAGGGUCCUACACUCAUCGGAGAAAAGGUGCUAUCUAUAACCUAAAAGGGUUCUUCGGCUGUCCCCAUAGGAGAACCCUUUGAAUAACCCUUUUGGUUCCAGGUAGAACACUUUUGGUUCCAGGUAGAACCCUUUUGGGUUCCAUGUAGAUGGUUCUACAUGGAAUCCAAAAGGGUUCUACCUCGAACCAAAAAGGGUUGUCCUAUGGGGACUGCCGAAGAAACCUUUUGGAACCCUUUUUUUCUAAGAGUGUAGACACUCCCAGAAAUGCAUAGGUGCAUGAAAUAUCCCAUUAAGAGACUUAUUGUCGUCAGUGUUGACCAGACCUCUCACAAUGAAUCAACUUCUCGAGGAAGUCCUGGAAGCCUGUUUUAUGGCAGCAUACGUUCUGGAGCAUAUAAGCUGUAACAUCCAAUCCAUGUCUCAGGCCGCCACGUCCAUGCCAAUAUCCAGUCUGGGGAUGGGGCCUGGGGUAGGGGGUAGGGGGUGCCGGAGCUGGGUUACCCUGGCCAUGAAGCUCCGUGCUGGGGCUCAGGCCAGGGCUUCUCCUGGUCACAACCUGGGUGGGGAUGGUUUAAGAAGGUUAAGAAAUCUGUUUGUGCAUUAGCUAACUCUGGUAUGACAAUGAACAUGACACACAUCUACACUGAGUGUACAAAUCCACUUCAAUCAGUGUAGAUGAAGGGGAGGAGACAUGUUAAAGAAGGAUUGUUAAGCCUUGAGACAGUUCAAAUCAAAUCAAAUCAAAAUGUAUUUGUCACAUACAUGUGUUUAGCAGAUGUUAUUGCGGGUGUAGCGAAAUGCUUGUGCUUCUAGCUCCGACAGUGCAGUAAAAUCUAACAAUUUCACAACAUAUACCCAAUACACACAAAUCUAAGUAAGGAAUGGAAUUUAAGAAUAUAUACAUAUAUGGACAAGCAAUGACAGAGCGGCAUGGACUAAGAUACAGUAGAAUAUUAUAGAAUACAGUAUAUACAAAUGAGAUGAGUAAUGCAAGAUUUGUAAACAUUAUUAAAGUGACUAGUGUUCCAUUUCUUAAGUGGCCAGUGAUUUCAAUAGGCAGCAGCAGCCUCUAAUGUGCUAGUGAUGGCUAUUUAACAGUCUGAUGGCCUUGAUAUAGAAGCUGUUUUUCAUUCUCUCGCUCCCAGCUUUGAUGCACCUGUACUGACCUCGCCUUCUGGAUGAUAGCGGGGUGAACAGGCAGUGGCUCGGGUGGUUGAUGUCCUUGAUGAUCUUUUUGACCUUCCUGUGACAUCGGGUGCUGUAGGUGUCCUGGUAGUGGGUAGUUUGCCCCCGGUAAUGUGUUCGGCAGACAGCACCACCCUCUGGAGAGCACUGCGGUUGCGGGCGGUGCAGUUGCCGUAUCAGGCGGUGAUUAUAGCCCGACAGGAUGCUCUCAAUUGUGCAUCUGUAAAGGUUUGUGAGGGUUUUAGGUUCCAAGCCAAAUUUCUUCAGCCUCCUAAGGUUGAAGAGGCUCUGUUGCGCCUUCUUCACCACACUGUAUGCGUGGAUGGACCAUUUCAGUUAGUCAGUGAUGUGUACGCCAAGGAACAUGAAGCGUUCCACCUUCUCCACUGCGGUCCCGUCGAUGUGGAUAGGGGGGUGCACCCUCUGCUGUUUCCUGAAGUCCACGAUCAUCUCCUUUGUUUUGUUGAUGUUGAGUGAGAGGUUAUUUUCCUGGCAUCACACUCCCAGAGCCCUCACCUCCUCCCUGUAGGCUGUCUCGUCAUUGUUGGUAAUCAAGCCUACUACUGUUGUGUCGUCUGCAAACUUGAUGAUUGAGUUGGAGGCGUGCUUGGCCACGCAGUCAUGGGUGAACAGGGAGUACAGGAGGGGACUGAGAACGCACCUUUGUGGGGCCCCAGUGUUGAGGAUCAGCGUAGUGGAGGUGUUGUUUCCUACCUUCACCACCUGGGGGCGACCCGUCAGGAAGUCCAGGACCCAGUUUCACAGGGCGGGGUUCAGACCCAGGGCCUCGAGCUUAAUGAUGAGCUUGGAGGGUACUAUGGUGUUGAAUGCUGAGCUAUAGUCAAUGAACAGCAUUCUUACAUAGGUAUUCCUCUUGUCCAGAUGGGAUAGGGCAGUGUGCAGUGUGAUGGCGAUUGCAUCGUCUGUGGAUCUAUUGGGGCGGUAAGCAAAUUGAAGUAGGUCUAGGGUGACAGGUAAGGUAGAGGUGAUAUGAUCCUUGACUAGUCUCUCAAAGCACUUCAUGAUGACAGAGGUGAGUGCUACGGGGCGAUAGUCAUUUAGUUAAUUUACCUUUGCUUUCUUGGGUACAGGAACAAUGGUGGCCAUCUUGAAGCAUGUGGGGACAGCAGACUGGGAUAGGGAGAUUGAAUAUGUCCGUAAACACACCAGCCAGCUGGUCUGCGCAUGCUCUGUGGACGCGGCUAGGGAUGCCGUCUGGGCCGGCAGCCUUGCAGGGGUUAACAUGCUUAAAUGUCUUACUCAUGUCGGACACGGAGAAGGAGAGGCCCACAGUCCUUGGUAGUGGGCCGCGUCGGUGGCACUGUGUUAUCCUCAAAGCGGGCAAAGAAGGUGUUUAGCUUGUCUGGAAGCGAGACGUCGGUGUUGGCGACGUGGCUGGUUUUCCUUUUGUAGUCCGUGAUUGUCUGUAGACCCUGCUACAUACGUCUCGUGUCUGAGCCGUUGAAUUGCGACUCCACUUUGUCUCUGUACUGAUGUUUUGCCAGUUUAAUUGCCUUGCGGAGUGAGUAGCUACACUGUUUUAUAUUCUGUCAUAUUCCCAGUCACCUUGCCAUGCUUAAAUGCGGUGGUUUGCGCUUUCAGUUUUGCGCGAAUGCUUCCAUCUAUUCACGGUUUGAGACAUGGAAUUGUGUAUAUGUGCCAUUCAGAGGGUGUAUGGGCAAGACAAAAGAUUUAAGUGCCUUUGAACGGAGUAUGGUAGUAGGUGCCAGGUGCACCGGUUUGAGUGUGUCAAGAACUGCAACGCUGCUGGAUUUCUCACGCUGAACCGUUUCCCGUGUGUAUCAAGAAUGGUCCACCACCCAAAGGACAUCCAGACAACUUGACACAACUGUGGGAAGCAUUGGAGUCAACAUGGGCCAGCAUUCCUGUGGAACGCUUUCGACUCCUUGUAGAGUCCAUGUCCCAUCAAAUGGAAGCUGUUCUGAGGGCAAAAGGGGGUGUAACUCAAUAUUAGGAGGUGUUCCUAAUGUUUUGUACACUCAGUGUAUGUUGUUAUGUAGCCUACAGAGUGACAAUGAAAGUCUGAAGUUGACGAAAAGCAGAGAGAUAGGAUAGGAACAGAGACAGGAUAGGAACAGAGACAGGAUAGGAACAGAGACAGAGACAGGAUAGGAACAGAGACAGGAUAGGAACAGAGACAGGAUAGGAACAGAGACAGAGACAGGAUAGAGACAGAGACAGGAUAGGAACAGAGACAGAGACAGGAUAGGAACAGAGACAGAGACAGGAUAGAAACAGAGACAGAGACAGGAUAGGAACAGAGACAGGAUAGGAACAGAGACAGAGACAGGAUAGAGACAGAGACAGGAUAGAGACAGAGACAGGAUAGGAACAGAGACAGAGACAGGAUAGGAACAGAGACAGAGACAGGAUAGAGACAGAGACAGGAUAGAGACAGAGACAGGAUAGGAACAGAGACAGAGACAGGAUAGGAACAGAGACAGAGACAGGAUAGAGACAGAGACAGGAUAGAGACAGAGACAGGAUAGGAACAGAGACAGAGACAGGAUAGGAACAGAGACAGAGACAGGAUAGGAACAGAGACAGAGACAGGAUAGGAACAGAGACAGGAUAGGAACAGAGACAGAGACAGAGACAGAGAGGGCGAGGGAGACAGAGAGAUCCAGAGAGGGAUUCAGUGGGGGACGUGCUGGAGAAAUGUGUGGAAAACCUCAUAGAGGAGAUGAGGAGGAGAGGUGGCAUGACAUGACAGGCCUGCUGUCUGAUAUAUCUGCAGUGGAAAAAUCAGGCCUAUCCCAGCCCUAGUUCCAAGUCUAUCUCACAUCUGUUACCCCGUACUGCCGUUUGAGUGACAGGGUGUUUGGCUCACCUAUCCUCUACAGCACAGUCACUCACCUAAUCCUUCUUGAACAGUCUUCAACAAUCCCCUUACCGAGAAACAACAAUGCCGAAACUCGUAAUACCUAAUUUGAGCCAUUCCAGAAGUGUAGUGAAACAUGACAAGGACUUGGUGUUGGAUCAGGUGGCCAGCCUGAUGUACAUCUUGAGGUUCCUAUCCAGGGCCAAAGUGUGGUCAUAGUGUGGUAGCUUUAAUACCAGCAACACAUUGUGACUCACUUUUACGAGAGUGAACUCUGAACCAAUUGGCGUUUUAUAGCCAGCGCUGAGAUCUCACUCCCGAGGCAAGAGCUUACUUGAAAUGCUGAGGCAUCCAGUAUUUAUGAAAAAGUGCAAGGUUACGGGCCUGUGUUUCAUUUAUUCGGACUGGCAAGCGAUUGUAAAUCUUUCCGCACAUAGGGCCGCAUGAACUGCUCAUGCUAUUUACACAAGCAUGGCCAAUUUCUGUCCCUCCCUCUCUCUCUCUGGCUGUGUGAGAAUGGUUGACACACAACCUGUAGAAAAUAGAGCGAAAUAGCUGGAGUUUCUGUCUCAGAGGAACCUUUAGCACCUCAUGCAUUUUUUAAAGACGCCCAUAUGCCUCCCUCUUUUUGUUAACGUGACUUGCCCUCUCUCUGUCCCCCUUCAGAUCUGUCCACAGCCAAGAGGAAGUUUGCAGAGUCUCUCAAUGAGUUUAAGUUCCAGUGCAUAGGAGACGCAGAGACGGACGACGAGAUAUGUAUCGGUGAGCUAGCCAAUGCCCUCCAUCAUAUUCAGCUGUACCACAUUCGGCUGUAACACAGUAACACAGCAAAACUGAAGUGCGUUCAGUUGUACCACACACAACUGUUCUGCAUGCUAUUGUUGUUUAGUAAUAGUUACUACCCUCAACUGUAACCAACUGCUGCACUACAUUCACAUCCACUGUAGUAGUGCUAAUGCACUCCAUUACUCUGCACUGUACACAUUCUGGGCUGCCUUGUUCUACCUAAUUGCACUUAUAGUGCACCUAAUUGGUACAGGAAGGCUGUUAUAAACACAAUUAGGCUCCUUGGAUGGAGUUGUAUGAAAUGUAAUAACCUCAAUAAACUUGCCAUUAUGUUGAAGGAACAUUCCUGGAAUAUUUUUACAGUAGGAAUUCAAAGUUAUAAGUGACUAGAGGUCUACAUUCAGAGAGUAGUAUUCUGUCAAAUGGAAACGUUGGAACAGGAUCGUGGCAUCUCAAGUGGAAACUCUGACCCAAAACAAUGCAGUCAUUCUUGGCUAGAUCUAGAGCAGGGAAGGAACAAGCAAUAGCUUGCUAGUUGAAAACAUACUAUGGUCUAAAGCAAGCAUGUAAACUAGGAUUUCAAAUUAAGAGCCUUGUUAUACAAGCAAGGCCACAAAUGUGGAAUGGGAGAUUUUGUAUAGAGACAAAUGAUGACCACUGACUCAUUAUGUAUUGUUAUCCUCCCUCUGUAUCCCCUCUCUGCUCCCUCUGUCUAUCUGGCUGGCCUGUCCAUCUCUCUAUCCAUCUACAGCAAAGUCUCUACAGGAGUUUGCUGGAGUUUUGCAGAACCUGGAGGAUGAGAGAACGCGGAUGGUGAGUGUCAGAUGGACUCACUGCUUUGGAAUGAAAGUGUUGUAUAACCAAUUAGUGAAGGUAUGGCGGCAGGCCAAUCUGUGUUUAUACAGUAUGUCAGUAGAGUGACUUCCUGUCAGCUGUCUUGUGACUUCCUGUAUCUCUCCUCAGAUUGAGAAUGCAGAUGAUGUGCUGAUUAUGCCACUGGAGCGGUUCAGGAAGGAGCAGAUCAGUGCUGCCAAGGUAAGGAGAUAUUAUAACUGGACUCCCCCAUGCUGGGGCGGGGGAUCCCCCUCUAAAUGUCCUGAUAAUCCCUACUACGGGGUCAUUGUGUGAUUUUACAAUCCAUCAUGGAGUAUGAGGUGAAUUAUAAUCAUUUUUGGGUUAUGUAGCCAUCUCAUAAUCCCUCUUAAACCUUGAAAGACCGGGGACAUUCGAACCUAUCCGCUGCUAAAGUACCUGAUUUUCAGGAAAUGCACUGAUCACUCAAAUAUUAGCAGUUUGCCCCUCAGUCUGGCAGGUAACUGACUUUGUCCUGGUUGUUCUGAUUCCAGAAGUUACAUUUGCGUAGGUCUAAAAUGUAUACACCACAAGGAAUACCAUCCCUUUAUUAAAUCCCCAUUGAUGACUGCAUUCAGAGCUCUCCCUGUACUGUACCUCUGAGUCUGAACUGCUCUCUGCUCUGUCCGCCAGAGCUGACAGGCCUGUUGUGAUAAGACACUGCCACCAUUUGGUCAGUACGGGUAUCACAUGAAAGGCUUCAGGAUUUACUUGGUUGAUUGUUCAUUUUUACAAUGACGGCCUACAAUGAAGAAAUGUAACACAAAUACUGAGUGAUUGUAAACUUUUUUACAUAUUGAUAUAACUCUUUGUGAUUUUACCUCUCACCAUAUCAUUAUUUUGUAGGUUAAUUGAAUGUUUGAAGAAUAAUUUAGUGUUUGAAAAAGGGAUACUUGAACUCAAAGAGCCCACAAUGAAACAUGUCUGUAGUGUAUAACAGCCACGAUGCAGGUUCAUUUAUUAUUAAGGGUUAGCGCUAAUAGAAGGGCCCUUUGUUAAUUACAUUUUGAUGCUCUGUAAUGAUGUGUUGUGCAGCUGUUGGUAGUGGUCAUUCUGUUCUGAGAAGGGUUGGUUCUACGUCCUGUGGAAACUGGCUGGCGGUGAAAGGCUGGGUCAUGUGACCGGGUGGACAGGGAUGAUGAUGACAUCAGUCAGUAGCAGGUGUGGACACAGUCAGUGCACCCCAGGGUGACAAGUACUGUACUGUAUGUUACUGACACACCCUGCUCUGUCUGUCUGUGAGAGAGGCUGGGAGAGACACCUUGGUCUGUCUGUCUGAUUACUGUCUGUGAUAGAGGCUGGGAGAGACACCUUGGUCUGUCUGUCUGUCUGUCUGUCUGUCUGUCUGUCUGAGGACUGUAUGUGAGAGAGGCUGGGAGAGACACCCUGUUAUGUCUGUCCGUCUCUGUCUGUCUAAAGUGCGGGUAUAAAGUGCUCUAUUGUUUUCCCACCAGCUGUGGGCUGUCUCUGCACUAGAGGACAUGUGAUUUCAACAUGUAUCUCACAAUAUUUCCCUCUAAAUCUGUCUGUAAAACUAAGCCCUGGACAAACCCAUGACUCUUUGGAAAUUAUGUUCUGUUGGAUGGCGGCAGUGAUUAUAUCUGUGUUAUAUAGAGGAUUCCCCUGAGAAAGAGGUCUUCUGACCUCAAUGGGACAUCCUAUAAAUUGUACUAUGUGGUGUCCAGGAUUUGGAAACAAGGUGACGGUUGGUGACCUUUUGACUGUCUAUCACAGGAAGCCAAGAAGAAAUAUGACAAAGAGACAGAGAAGUACUGUGCUGUACUGGAGAAGCACCUAAGCCUAUCAGCAAAGAAGAAAGAAGCACAUCUUCAUGAAGUAAGCAUACAUUGUUCUCCUUUCCCACAAUCAAAAUGGGCUAGAGUUGGCUUGUCAUUACAUUUAUGUUAAGAUGCAUGAGUGUGUACAAGUGUGUGUGUGCGUGUGCGCUGUAAGUCAGUUCAAACAGAAUCAGAAUCUCGUUUAUUAUCCUACAAGAGGAAAAUCUUGGCACAACUCACACAUGAAUACUUAAAAAAAUAUGAGAACACAGAACAAACCAAAAACAGCAUGAAUAGUCCCCCCCCCUCCCCGCCCAUGGGAGAAAUGACAUGGAAUUGUUCACUAUGGUGAUAGCCUCCGGGAUGAAACUCCUCCCGAAACGCACAGUGCGCCACAGAAUUGUCCAGUAUCUCACACCCAAUGGGAGGAGAUCAAAGCAAAGGUGAAGUGGGUGGAGAUUAUGUGGCGGGCUUUGUGUUGGAUAGCGCAACCAUUCAGAUGGGAGAGCAAACAGCAUUACUUCACUAUGUGUGUCACCUGAAAGUCAUUUCAAACAGCAUCCUAUCACUGUGUGUGUGGUGCAGGCAGACAGUCAGGUGGACCACGUGCGGCAGCAUUUCUACGAGGUGUCUCUGGAGUAUGUGUUCAAGGUGCAGGAGGUCCAGGAGAGGAAGAUGUUUGACUUCGUAGAGCCGGUGAGUGAGCAUGUCAACCUCCCUCAGCAUAUGCUGUCUAUACUGUUUAGGGUUGCAAAAUGCCAUUAACUUUCCUAAACUUCCCAGGUUUUCCAGAAAUCCUGGUUGGAAGACUCCCGAUUUCCUGCUUAUUCCCUCCUGAUUCAGGGAAUCUUCCAACCAGGAUUUCUGGAAGACCUGGGAAUUUUGGGAAGGUUACUGGAGUUUUUCUAACCCUAAUACUGUUACUGUACUCUAUACACCUUUCAUGCUUAGUCAUCUCUCCUUGAUCCACACUGUCUACAGAAUAAAUGUAGUUGACAACAAGUACCUUUCAAAUCAAAUUACAGUAGAUUAGGUUGAUUGAAUUUAAUGACGUUUCUCAACCAUGUUUCCUUUCCCGUUCUUCCUUUAUAUCCAUUCUAGUUACUGGCAUUUCUUCAAGGGCUGUUUACUUACUACCACCAUGGGUACGAGUUGGCCAAAGACUUCAACCACUUCAAGACAGACCUCACCAUCAGCAUUCAGAAUGUAAGAUACAUAUCAAUGCCAUUCAUUACAGCCAUGAGGUGCUGAUGAGAUUUAAUCUUUUGUCACACCAAAGGCAUUUCAAGGCACUAGCCCAAACUAGGGGUGGGCGGUAUACUGUAUUUUACUAUAUACCGGUAUUGAUGCAUGGACCGGUUUGGGUUUUUAAUUUACCUUCUAUAACGGUAUUUCAAUGUUUGGUUUGUUAAAUGUGAUACGCAACUCAGCGCGUGUAAUGUCAGUUUUUAUAGUUCACUCCGUUUGCUAUUUGAUUCGUCUUUCUCGCUCCACCUGCUGCAUGCCACUUCCCACACCAAGCCCUGCCCCCUGUUACUCAAGGAGAGAGCAGUUGCUCGACCACAGAGUCAUUAACACUUUCUUGCCGCAGUCUGCAUGGUCAGAUAGAUGCAACAAGAUGUUGGUGAAAAAGAUGCUGCUUUCCACGAGCGUUCUACAAAUACACUAUUAGUUUGUGUAUCUUACUGUUUGCAAACUACUGUCUGCUAGUUUGUCUUUUCUUAGCAAGUUGUGGCUAAAAUAAAUCUGGUUAGCCGCUAAUGCUAAACACUAGUUAGCUGGCUAGCUAGCUUGCUAAAUGUACUAAGAGUCAGAGCAAACGUAGAUAGCUAAUAAAUACAGCCUGGUACAAGUGCUGGUCUAGGCCUAGAUAAGCAUGUUGUUUGUGCAACUGUAUCUUAAAUCAGAGAGGAAUAGGUUAAACAUGAAUAUGUUAGCUAGCUGCCUAGCUACAUGAGGUAAGAAAGCAUGGAAUGUAACAUCUAAGUUUUGUAUUUUGUAUUUAUUAUGGAUCCCCAUUAACUGCUGCCAAGGCAGCAGCUACUCUUCCUGGGGUCCAGACACAUUAAGGCACAUCACAAAAUAAAUAAACAAAAACUAAAUAAAACAGUACAUCGCAUAGCAUCACCACACCACUACAUAUCCACAGCACAAAAUUUACAAUACCACCAUACAUCAAUAUUAAAAUGUGUGUGUGUGCCUGUGUGUCUGUUCACAGUCUGCGUUGUUCUAUAAGAUGUAGCUUUAUCUGUUGUUUUUUUUCAUUCAAUUUUACUGCUUGCAUGAGUUACUUGAUGUGAAAUAGAGUUCCAUGUAGUCAUGGCUCUGUGUAGUACUGUGCGUUUCCCGGAGUCUGUUCUGGACUUGGGGACUGUGAAGAGACCCUUGGUGGCAUGUCUUGUGGGGUAUGCAUCGUUUGAACAGAUGGGUAUAUUUGGGGUAUUUUAUUAGGAUCCCCAUUAGCUGUUGCUAAAGCAGCAGCUACUCUUCCUUGGGUCCACAGCGCGGUGCUUCCAACAUGUCAAUCCCUCUCACAAAGACAAGUAGUGAUGCAGUCUAUCUCUCCUCUACUUUGAGCCAGGAGAGAUUGACAUGCAUGUCAUUGAUGUUAGCUCUCUGUGUACGUUUAAGGGCCAGCCGUGCUGCUCUGUUCUCGGCCAACUGUAAUUUGCCUAUGUCCCUCUUUGUGGCACUUGACCAUAUGACUGGACAGUAGUCCAGGUGCGACAAUACUAGGGCCUGUAGGACUUGUUUUGUUGAUAGCUUUGUCAAGAAAGCAGAUGAGCGUUUUAUUACAGACAGACCCCUCCCCAUCUUAGCUACCAUUGCAUCAAUAUGUUUACAAUCCAGGGUUACGCCAAGCAGUUUAGUCUCCUCAACUUGCUCAAUUUCCACAUUAUUCAUUACAAGAUUUAGUUGAGGUUUAGUGAAUGGUUUGUCCUAAAUACAAAGCUUUUCAUUUUUUUGAAAUAUUUAGUAAAUUUUUACAUUUUAGUCAUUUAGCAGACGCUCUUAUCCAGAGCAACUUACAGUUAGUGAGUGCAUACAUAUUUUUUUUAUUUUUCAUACUGGCCCCCUGUGGGAAUCGAACCCACAACCCUGGCGUUGCAAACGCCAUGCUCUACCAACUGAGCUACAUCCCUGCCAGCCAUUCCCUCCCCUACCCUGGACCAAUUGUGCGCCACUUGUCCUGUUGUGUAACAAUCACAUUUUGGAACAGUGAGUGCAUUCUGACACAUAAAACAGCUCACAGUGGGGAGACUGUUAGAGAUAUUUGGAAUUCACGCGUGAAAAGGUUAAAUGAGUGUUGCAGUGAUUUCACUUAGCUGACAUGUAUAAUGUUGAGUCAUCGUUAUACAUACAAUGCAUUCGGAAAGUAUUCAGACCCCUUGACUUUUUCCACAUUUUGCUACAUUACAGCCUAAUUCAAAAUAAAUUCCUCAUCAAUCUACAGACAAUAUCGCAUAAUGACAAAGAAAAAACAGUUUCUUUUUACAUUUUCGCAAAUUUAUUUUAAAAAACAACACAUACCUUAUUUACAUAAGUUUUCAGACCCUUUGCUAUGAGACUCAAAAUUGAGCUCAGGUGCAUCCUGUUUCCAUUGAUCAUCCUUGAGAUGUUUCUACAACUUGAUUGGAGUCCACCUGUGGUAAAUUCAAUUGAUUGGACAUGAUUUGGAAAGGCACACACCUGUCAAUAUAAGGUCCCGCAGUUGACAGUGCAUGUCAGAGCAAAAACCAAGCCAUGAGGUUGAGGAAUUGUCCGUAGAGCUCCGAGACAGGAUUGUGUCAAGGCACAGAUUUGGGGAAGGGUACCAAAAAAUGUCUGCAGCAUUGAAGGUCCCCAAGAACACAGUGGCCUCCAUUAUUCUUAAAUUGAAGAAGUUUGGAACCACCAAAACUCUUCCUAGAGCUGGCUGCCCGGCCAAACUGAGCAAUCGGGUGAGAAGGGCCUUGGUCAGGGAGGUGACCAAGAACCUGAUGGUCUAUCUGACAACGCUCCAGAAUUCCUCUGUGGAGAUGGGAGAACCUUCCAGAAGCACAACCAUCUCUGCAGUACUCCACCAAUCAGGCCUUUAUGGUGGGUGACCAGAUGGAAGCCACUCCUCAGUAAAAGGCACGACAGCCCGCUUGGAGUUUUCCAAAAAGCACCUAAAGGACUCUCAGACCAUGAGAAACAAGAUUCUCUGGUCUGAUGAAACUAAGAUUGAACUCUUUGGCCUGAAUGCCAAGCGUCACGUCUGGAGGAAACCUGGCACCAUCCCUAGGGUGAAGCAUGGGGGUGGCAGCAUCAUGUUGUGGGGAGGUUUUUCAGCGGCAGGGACUGGGAGACUAGUCAGGAUCGAGCAAAAGAUGAAUGGAGAAAAGUACAGAGAGACCUGAAAAUAGCUGUGCAGCAACACUCCUCAUCCAACCUGACAGAGCUUGAGAGGAUCUGCAGAGAAGAAUGGAAGAAACUCCCCAAAUACAGGUGUGCCAAGCUUGUAGCAUCAUACACAAUAAGAUUCAAGACUGUAAUCGCUUCCAAAGGUGCUUCAACAAAGUACUGAGUAAAGGGUCUGAAUACUUAUGUUAAUGUGAUAUCUCGAUGUUUUACUUUUAAUACAUUUGCAAAACAUUUUAAAAACCUGUUUUUGCUUUUUCAGUAUGCGGUAUUGUGUAUAAACAACCAUUUAAUCAAUUUUAGAAUAAGGCUGUAAUGUAACAAAAUGUGGAAAAAGUAAAGGGGUCUGAAUACCUUCCGAAUGCACUGUAGAUUUACUCAGUGCCAGUCGCAGGUCAUUAGUAAAUAUUUUAAAAAGCAAGGGGCCUAGACAACUGGCCUGGGGAAUGCCCGACUCUACCUGGGUUAUGUUGGAGAGGCUUCCUUUAAAGAGCACCCUCUGUGUCUUGGUAGACGGAUAAAUCUCAAUCCACGAUAUUGCAGGGGAUGUAAAGCCAUAACACAUACGUUUUUCCAGCAGCAAAUUAUGAUCUGUCUAGCAAAAUUGCUUCUUAUUAUCAAUUUUUUUCAGCCAAUUUAUUUUCAGUCAUUUGUUUAUUAUGAAAUUCCAUUGUAUCUGGUCAAACACAUUUUUUUCCAAAAGUGUACUAAGGGUUGGUAGCAGGCUGAUAGGUCGACUGUUUGAGCCAGUAAUGGGUGCUUUGCAGACGCUCUUAUCCAGGUAGUGGAAUGACUUUUGCUUCCCUCCAGGCCUGAGGGCACAUUUGUUGUUGUCAUGUCAUGCCUAAAUUUGCUAAUCUCUCACUAAUUAGGGUCCCCUGGAAACAUUGACCAACACUUUGGUUCCUAACCUGUCAAUAAUUCCUCCCUGGCUUAUUCAUUUGUUGUCAUGUCAAACAACAAUAUAUUCAAGGUGCUGCCCACUAUAUUUGAACUAUAGAAUUAGAAUAAUCAUUCUAUUUCCAUCAUUCCAACAGUUCAGGUAUUAACUAAGCCUAGAUGUUUUGCCCAUAUCAUGCAUCCCUGCGUGGCACAGUGUGGAAAUGAUAACAAAAGUGCAGGAAAUGCAGAAAUUGUAGAAAAUGCUGAAAAUUAAUUAAUGUUGGAUUGAACAGUAUAAAACAAUCAGAAUGGAGAAAGCCCAUAUGUGUUGCCACUAUAGGGUCCUGAACUACUCAUAAAGCAUAUUUAUAACUUUUAUUAUUCAAAAACAUCAAAUACCGUCAUACCGUAAUAAAUGUGAAAUAUAUUGUGAUAUGAUGUUUUGGCCCUAACACUAACUGCAGACAAUGGUGAAUUGCACAGAAUGCAGGGUGUUAGGAUGUUUCCAUCAUUGUCUGUCUCCUCUCCUGCCCCGUUCAGACACGGAACCGUUUUGAAAGCACACGGUCUGAGGUGGAGUGUCUGAUGAGGAAGAUGAAGGAGAACCCCCAUGAACACAAGAGUAUCAGCCAUGACACCAUGGAGGGAUACCUGUUUGUACAGGAGAAACGUGAGUGUCCCGUCCUGCUCUCUGUAUCCGUCUCUUGCACUUUCUCUCUCUCCCUCUCUCUCUCACACUUCCUUUUUUCUCUCUUUCAUGCUGCAAUAGGUCACAAUUUCACUACUCAGUGAUUUAUUUUUGCCACAUAGAAAAGCAUGGUUGCGGUGACAUCACGACUACCGCUUUAGUGACACCAAUGUCGUUUAGACACCAGUGUUGUUUCAAAUAGAUUACAAUUUCCCAAUAGAAACAACAAGAUUAAUUGUAUUCAGGAUGAGAGUAUCACGCUCUUAGGGGUGACGGGGGACCCAGCGUGUGCAAUAACCAUGGUAACCCACAACAUUUGUUCAAUGCUCCCCGUCUCUGCUUCUCUAUCUGCUCCUCUCGCUUCCCUCUCUCAGGCUCUUUCGUGUCAACCUGGGUCAAGUACUACUGCACCUACCAUCGAGAGCCCAAACGAGUCACCAUGGUCCUGUUCGACCAGAAGUCUGGAGGCAAAGUGGUGAGUUGUCUCAGAGAGGAAGAGGUGAAGCCAGAGUGAUAACUGGGCCCAAAAUCUGUCUUCUCCAGCAGGUGGCUUUUUUUUUUUUCUGCUCACCUAGCAAGGAGUUUUUGUAUGGAGGUCAAUGAGAGAGUGUCGAAUUUGGUUAACAAAAAAUGGAAUGGCUUAUUUGCUACGUGUGGCUUAUUUGAUCGAAUAGAAGCUUUGUUAUGUUUAGUUUGUUACGAGUGUACUGAUAUAAGUAGGAUAUGUGACAUCCUGGCAACUUUGAGAUAAAACACUUGUUGUUCACACGGGUAUCUGCCCGCUCAUUGUCUAGAAUGGUCCCACCUGAUCUUGCCUCCUCCAGACUAAAUCUAUUCGCUAUCGUUUCUUAUAACAGACAAUAACUUUUGAACAUCAGAUCGGCAAUUACUUAACUCAAUCCCAGCUUCAACUUCGACUCAUCUGCCCUGGGCUCUUUCUGUAAUUCCAAUUUUCGGGGUAUCCAAGAGGAAACACCGGUGUUACAGAUGCAAGAGAGAGGGAGUCCUGGCGAGAUUAAGGCGAAGAGAAAUCCGACCACCUCUUCCCUCCAUUCAAUUGACCACUUGAUAAUAAGAUGGAUGACCUCCGAACGCGGAUUUGCUACCAACGGGACUCUCGUCACUGCAAUAUUCUCUGCUUUUCUGAAACAUGGCUUUUGGACAAGAUACCCCCCAUGGCUAUCCAACACGAUGGAUUCUCCAUUCACCAAGCGGACAGGACAUUGGAGUCAGGGAAAUCGAGAGGGGGAGGGGUUUUCCUCUUCAUCAACAACAAAUGGUGUGCUGACUCGACCUAUUGGUGUUCUCCCGUAUUGGAAUACCUGAUGGUCAAAUGUUUUCAGCUGUUAUCGUGACUGUUGGAUACAUUCCACCUCAGGACAAGAAAAAUAACGAACUAGCACUUAACGAACUGUACAAGGCUACAGUGGCUUGCGAAAGUAUUCACCCCCCUUGGCAUUUUUCCUAUUUUGUUGCCUUACAACCUGGAAUUCCCUAUGCAACUGGAUCCUGGACUUCCUGAUGGGCCGACCCCAGGUGGUGAGGGUAGGCAACAUCAUCUCCACCACGCUGACUCUCAACACGGGGGCCCCACAGGGGUGUGUGCUUAGUCCCCCUCAGGAAGCUGAAAAGAUUUGGCAUGGGCCCUCAGAUCCUCACAAAGUUAUACAGCUGCCCCAUUAAGAGCAUCUUAACUGACUGCAUCACUGCUUGGAAUGGCAACAGCACCGCCCUCCAUCGCAUGGCGCUACAGAGGGUGGUACGGACAGCCCAGUACAUCCCUGGGGUGGAGCACCCUGCCAUCCAGGACCUCUAUAUCAGGCGGUGUGAAUGGAAGGCCCGGAAAAUCGUUAGUCUCCAGCCACCCAAGCCAUAGACUGUUCUCUCUGCUUCCACAUGGUAAGCGGUACAGGUGCAUCAAGUCUCACACCAACAGGCUCCUGAACAGCUUCUAUCCCCAAGCCAUAAGACUGCUAAAUAGCUAAAUCUGAGUUGACCCUUGUACUUUUUUUAGUCUCUAUGCACACUGACACUCCAACACUCACUUCAUUUGCUCACACACACACACAACAUGCACACACAUUUAUACUGACUCUACAUACACGCACACACACUCACAUAGAUUCAUCAUAUACGCUGCUGCUACUCUGUUUAUCAUAUAUCCUGAUGCCUCGUCACCUUACCCCUAUACAUACAUGUUGGGUGAUUAGGCCUGGUUCGCAGUCGGCAUUCCAAUUCAUCCCAAAGGUGUUCGAUGGGGUUGAGGUCAGGGCUCUGUGCAGGCCAGUCAAGUUCUUCCACACAGAUCUCGACAAAACAUUUCUGUAUGGACCUCGCUUUGUGCACAGGGGCAUUGUCAUGCUGAAACAGGAAAGGGCCUUCCCCAAGCUGUUGCCACAAAGUUGGAAGCACAGAAUCGUCUAGAAUGUCAUUGAAUGCUGUAGCGUUAAGAUUUACCUUCCCUGGAAUUAAGGGGCCUUGCACGAACCAUGAGAAACAGCCCCAGACCAUUAUUCCUCCUCCACCAAACUUUAGAGUUGGCACUAUGCAUUGGGUCAGGUAGCGUUCUCCUGCCAUCCGCCAAACCCAGAUUCGUCCGUCAGACUGCCAGAUGGUGAAGCGUGAAUCAUCACUCCAGAGAAUGCGUUUCCACUGCUCCAGAUUCCAAUGGCGGCGAGCUUUACACCACUCCAGCCGACGCAUUGCGCAUAGUGAUCUUAGGCUUGUGUGUGGCUGCUCGGCCAUGGAAACCAAUUUCAUGAAGCUCCCGACGAACAGUUCUUGUACUGACCUUGCUUCCAGAAGCAGUUUGGAACUUGGUAGUGAGUGUUGCAACCGAGUUCAGACGAUUUUUAUGCGCUAUGCGCUUCAGCACUCUGUGGUCCCGUUCUGUGAGCUUGUGUGGCCUACCACUUCACGGCUGAGCCGUUGUUGCUCCUAGACGUUUCCACUUCACAAUAACAGCACUUACAGUUGACCGGAUCAGCUCUAGCAGGGCAUACAUUUUAUGAACUGAUUUGUUGGAAAGGUGUUAUCUUAUGACGGUGCCACGUUGAAAGUUACUGAGCUCUUCAGUAAGGCCAUUCUACUGCCAAUGUUUGUCUAUGGAGAUUGCAUGGCUCUAUGCUCAAUUGUAUACACCUGUCAGCAACGGGUGUGGCUGAAAUAGCCGAAUACACCUAUUUGAAGGGGUGUCCAUAUACUUUUGUAUAUAUAGUGUAUCUAGCUCUAUCAGUCCAGUAUCCCUGCAAAUUGUAAAUAUGGUAUUGGAACUGACCCUGUAUAUAGCUUCUUACUUUCUCAUGUUUCUCAUAUGUGUUUUUGUUUUACCUUAUGUUAUUUUUAGUGUUAGGUUUAGAGCUUGCAAGAAAAGCAUGUGACGGUAAAACGACCACUUGAGUAUCUGGUCAAUAUAAUGGAUAAUCUGUGGUUGUCUGUUUGUUUACCUACCCAGAAUGCCACUGUACCAUGCCGUGUGACCUUGUAGUUGUUGGAGCAGAGAGAGAGAGAGAGAGAAAUGUUGGCAUCCGUUGCCCACUUGUUCUCGCCUGCCGGUGAUGAUGCAGGCCCCUUAUCUUGGGUUGGGUGGAAGUCCAGGGUGAUGCACAAAACAACUUUAGGCAGGAGGGGAUUGAUUGUCUCUGCUUUAACCAAGAAGCUUGAUAUUGCAAGCUAGCAAGGUAGCAUACCAAAUGCAUAGCUGGAGCUCUGAACUAAGGGCUGGGGCAUCAGCCUCCCAGUCACGAUUUCAAGCAGAAAUCAUGUGUGACAUCUGUCUCUAGAGGUUUGAAUGACUGCAGUUAAUUAGUGCUUCAAAAUACAGCUGUGUGCCGGAGUCUGGCCUUGUGGUAGUGCUGCCGACUCCGGACUACAACAUGCCCUUUGUACCAUGGGUUCAAACCCCGCCUACGCCUUCAUAUCUGUAUUCCUUUACCUGUCUGUCUUCCCUUUUCGUUUGUAUUUGAUACACUGCCGAUUUUGCAGGUUUUCCUACUUACAAAGCAUGUAGAGGUCUAUAAUUUUUAUCAUAGGUACACUUCAACUGUGAGAGACGGAAUCUAAAACAAAAAUCCAGAAAAUCACAUUGUAUGAUUUUUAAGUAAUUAAUUUUACAUUUUAUUGCAUGACAUACAGUGAGGGAAAAAAGUAUUUGAUCCCCUGCUGAUUUUGUACGUUUGCCCACUGACAAAGACAUGAUCAGUCUAUAAUUUUAAUGGUAGGUUUAUUUGAACAGUGAGAGACAGAAUAACAACAUAAAAAUCCAGAAAAACGCAUGUCAAAAAUGUUAUAAAUUGAUUUGCAUUUUAAUGAGGGAAAUAAGUAUUUGACCCCUCUGCAAAACAUGACUUAGUACUUGGUGGCAAAACCCUUGUUGGCAAUCACAGAGGUCAGACGUUUCUUGUAGUUGGCCACCAGGUUUGCACACAUCUCAGGAGGGAUUUUGUUCCACUCCUCUUUGCAGAUCUUCUCCAAGUCAUGAAGGUUUCGAGGCUGACGUUUGGCAACUCAAACCUUCAGCUACCUCCACAGAUUUUCUAUGGGAUUAAGGUCUGGAGACUGGCUAGGCCACUCCAGGACCUUAAUGUGCUUCUUCUUAAGCCACUCCUUUGUUGCCUUGGCCGUGUGUUUUGGGUCAUUGUCAUGCUGGAAUACCCAUCCACAACCCAUUUUCAAUGCCCUGGCUGAGGGAAGGAGGUUCUCACCCAAGAUUUGACGGUACAUGGCCCCGUCCAUCGUCCCUUUGAUGCGGUGAAGUUGUCCUGUCCCCUUAGCAGAAAAACACCCCCAAAGCAUAAUGUUUCCACCUCCAUGUUUGACGGUGGGGAUGGUGUUCUUGGGGUCAUAGGCAGCAUUCCUCCUUCUCCAAACCCGGCGAGUUGAGUUGAUGCCAAAGAGCUCGAUUUUGGUCUCAUCUGACCACAACACUUUCAGCCAGUUCUCCUCUGAAUCAUGCAGAUGUUCAUUGGCAAACUUCAGACGGCCCUGUAUAUGUGCUUUCUUGAGCAGGGGGACCUUGCGGGCGCUGCAGGAUUUCAGUCCUUCACGGCGUAGUGUGUUACCAAUUGUUUUCUUUGUGACUAUGGUCCCAGCUGCCUUGAGAUCAUUGACAAGAUCCUCCCGUGUAGUUCUGGGCUGAUUCCACACCGUUCUCAUGAUCAUUGCAACUCCACGAGGUGAGAUCUUGCAUGGAGCCCCAGGCCGAGGGAGAUUGACAGUUAUUUUGUGUUUCUUCCAUUUGCGAAUAAUCGCACCAACUGUUGUCACCUUCUCAUCAAGCUGCUUGGCGAUGGUCUUGUAGCCCAUUCCAGCCUUGUGUAGGUCUACAAUCUUGUCCCUGACAUCCUUGGAGAGCUCUUUGGUCUUGGCCAUGGUGGAGAGUUUGGAAUCUGAUUGAUUGAUUGCUUCUGUGGACAGGUGUCUUUUAUAAAGGUAACAAACUGAGAUUAGGAGCACUCCCUUUAAGAGUGUGCUCCUAAUCUCAGCUCGUUACCUGUAUAAAAGACACCUGGGAGCCAGAAAUCUUUCUGAUUGAGAGGGGGUCAAAUACUUAUUUCCCUCAUUAAAAUGCAAAUCAAUUUAUAACAUUUUUGACAUGCGUUUUUCUGGAUUUUUUUGUUGUUAUUCUGUCUCUCACUGUUCAAAUAAACCUACCAUUAAAAUUAUAGACUGAUAAUUUCUUUGUCAGUGGGCAAAUGUACAAAAUCAGCAGGGGAUCAAAUACUUUUUUCCCUCACUGUAAGUAUUUGAUACAUCAGAAAAGCAGAACUUAAUAUUUGGUACAGAAACCUUUGUGUGCAAUUACAGAGAUCAUAUGUUUCCUGUAGGUCUUGACCAGGUUUGCACACAAUGCAGCAGGGAUUUUGGCCCACUCCUCCAUACAGACCUUCUCCAGAUCCUUCAGGUUUCGGGCUGUCGCUGGGCAAUACGGACUUUCAGCUCCCUCCAAAGAUGUUAUAUUGGGUUCAGGUCUGGAGACUGGCUAGGCCACUCCAGGACCUUGAGAUGCUUCUUACGGAGCCACUCCUUAGUUGCCCUGGCUGUGUGUUUCGGGUCAUUGUCAUGCUGGAAGACCCAGCCACGGCCCAUCUUCAAUGCUCUGAGGGAAGGAGGUUGUUGGCCAAGACCUCACGAUACAUGGCCCCAUCCAUCCUCCCCUCAAUACGGUGCAGUCAUCCUGUCCCCUUUGCAGAAAAGCAUCCCCAAAGAAUGAUGUUUCCACUUCCAUGCUUCACGGUUGGGAUGGUGUUCUUGGGGUUGUACUCAUCCUUCUUCUUCCUCCAAACACGGCGAGUGGAGUUUAGACCAAAAAGCUAUAUUUUUGUCUCAUCAGACCACAUGACCUUCUCCCAUUCCUCCUCUGGAUCAUCCAGAUGGUCAUUGGCAAACUUCAGAAGGGCCUGGAUAUGCGCUGGCUUGAGCAGGGGGACCUUGCGUGCGCUGCAGGAUUUUAAUCCAUGACGGCGUAGUGUGUUACUAAUGGUUUUCUUUGAGACUGUGGUCCCAGCUCUCUUCAGGUCCUGCCGUGUAGUUCUGGGCUGAUCCCUCACCUUCCUCAUGAUCAUUGAUGCCCCGCGAGGUGAGAUCUUGCAUGGAGCCCCAGACCGAGGGUGAUUGACCGUCAUCUUGAACUUCUUCCAUUUUCUAAUAAUUGCGCCAACAGUUGUUGUCUUCUCACCAAGCUGCUUGCCUAUUGUCCUGUAGCCCAUCCCAGCCUUGUGCAGGUCUACAAUUUUAUCCCUGAUGUCCUUACACAGCUCUCUGAUCUUGGCCAUUGUGGAGAGGUUGGAGUCUGUUUGAUUGAGUGUGUGGACAGGUGUCUUUUAUACAGGUAAUGAGUUCAAACAGGUGCAGUUAAUUCAGGUAAUGAGUGGAGAACAGGAGGGCUUCUCAAAGAAAACAGGUCUGUGAGAGCUGGAAUUCUUACUGGUUGGUAGGUGAUCAAAUACUUAUGUCAUGCAAUAAAAUGCAAAUUAAUUACUUAAAAAUCAUACAAUGUGAUUUUCCGUCUCUCACAGUUGAAGUGUACCUAUGAUAAAAAUUACAGACCUCUACAUGCUUUGUAAGUAGGAAAACCUGCAAAAUCGGCAGUGUAUCAAAUACUUGUUCUCCCCACUGUAUACUGAACAAAAAUAUAAAUGCAACAUGCAACAAUUUCAAAGAUUUUACUGAGUUAAAGUUCAUAUAAAGAAAUCAGUCAAUUGAAAUAAAUAAAUUAGGCCCUAAUCUAUGGAUUUCACAUGAAUGGAAAUACAGAUAUGCAUAUUUUGGUCACAGAUACCUUAAAAGAAUGGGCCUCACAAUGGGCCUCAGGAUCUCGUCACUGUACAGUAUCUCUGUGCAUUCAAACUGCCAUCGAUAAAGUGACAAAACUGCACAAUUUAGAGUGACCUUUUAUUGUUCCCAGCACAAGGUGCACCUCUGUAAUGAUCAUGCUGUUUAAUCAGCUUCUUGAUAUGCCACAACUGUCAGCUGGAUCUUGGCAAAGGAGAAAUGCUCACUAACAGGGAUGUAAGCAUUUGUGUCAACAUUUGAGAGAAAUAAGCUUUUUGUGCAUAUGGAACAUUUCUGGGAUCUUUUAUGUCAGCUCAUUAAACAUGGGACCAACACUUGAUAAUUUUGUUCAGUGUAUAUUUAAAAAUGCAUCUGAAAGAGUGAUUCCAGGUAGGCACAUCUGGCCCUGACACCUCAGGAUUUUCACUGUCACUGGGCAAGGACAAACACUCAGUGGAAGUAUAUCUCUCCUCUCAUCCUCUCGCACUGAUUGAAGUGUACUGUGGUGAAAAAGAUGUCAGAAAGAGGGAGAUGAAGGGAGAGAAGUGAUGGAGGGAGAGCAGAGGAGUAAAGUAGAAAGGGCAGAAAAGGAUAAUGGACAUGAGAGGAGGGAGGUAUCAUUCGGAACACAUCAGAGUCGUGGCUUGAUACUCCCGGUCUCAGGAUUGCUGCGAUUGCUCCCAGGAUUCUCUGUGCAAACAGUGUGACACUCGUGCAAUGCACUCCCUUGAGUGCUAGGAGAGAAUGCAUCGGGUGGAAGGAGGAGAGGGAAGGUGGGGAGGAGGAAUGGGAAAAUGAAGGACAGAGGUGGGAGGAGGGGAAGAAGGGAGGAGAGGGAAUGAAGGGGGUGGGAGAAUGGAAUACGUGGGAGGGAGGGAUGUGAAAUGGUUGCACUGAAAUAAACUACAUCAAAGCUUCCCAUCUGUCUUUUCCUAGAUCCUUUGAGUUCAUCCAUCCUAGUCCUUGUCCACAAUUCACUAUGAGAAUCAAAGACAUGUAUCUUAAAAUGACUUGGUUCCAUACACUUUGCGAAAGCCACUUCACAUUGAUUGAACUUGAAUGUAAUAAAUGUAUCUUCUUAAAGAUUGAUUCAGCUUUCCGCUGUCUUUCAGGGGGAGGAGGAGAGCUUCACUCUGAAGUCCUGCACAAGGCGGAAGACGGACUCUAUAGAGAAGAGGUUCUGUUUCGACGUGGAGGCUGUAGACAGGUGAGUCAAUGCUGCUGGCUAAUAGCUUGUUACCCAUUACAACCACAUGGUGGUGCUCACGAGUCAUGCUGGGCUGAGGCUGUGGCUGACUGACUGUGGGUCGGAGCUCGACACAGAGGAUCUUAAUAGGGAUUGGCAAGCGGUGGAUGUUCGAUGACAAACACUAAGUGAGAUAUCUGCCAGCUCUCCAGCCCAGUCGUAGAAGAGUGUUCUCUGACUGCAUAUAGAGCAGCAGAGCCAGUGAAUCCCUAACUCUAACGUUAGCUUUACUGUGGCCACUUCAGCCACAGAUCUCCCUCCUCCUCCUACAUUGGCCCAUUCCUUCACUCAACCCUCGUAAUUUAUUCAUGGUGUUUGUUUGUCCUCUGCCCAGAGUGUUUGAGUGUGUGUAUGUGCGUGUGUUUGUGUGUUCGCUAGAUACAGUGCACUGUUGUUGUUAGCAGCAUGAAAGUAAAAGCUGGCCGCAACAUGCUUUAGCACGCAAAGGCAUCGCAAAGACAUAACUUGAGGGUGAGUGUUAGUGAGAGUGUGCGUUAUGGUGUCUGUGUGUGCGCGUGCGUGCGUAUGUGUGUGUGUUUGUGUGUAGGCACGUGUGUGUGUGUGUGUGUAUCAGUGUGUGUGUGGUUUUAAUGGAGGACUGUGUUGACAGCUGAAGGUGAGCCUGCUUCCAGGUCCAGGUGAAAUAUGGUAAAGCUGGCCAGAGAUGAGCGUAGCUUAAUUUGAGUUUUGGAUAGAGCCAGGGUGGAUUAAUAGAGGUCUCAGUCUGUGUUGGGAUGGUUGUGGUGGGAGCAGCAGAUUGACUUGAUGGGGAUGAUGUUUUAUGAUGUCAAAGGAUCCAAAGAGGGUGGAAAACCCCCUUAUGUGGCAGUGAUUUUCUUCUGUCAAUCACUGCUACAUGGUAUGUUGCAUUUGAAGAAAGACUGAUCUUUGUGCGUGCGUGUGUGUGUGUGUGUUGCAGGUCAGGGGUGAUCACCAUGCAGGCUCUAUCGGAGGAAGACCGCAGGCUGUGGAUGGAAGCUAUGGAUGGGAGAGAACCGGUACGUUGCCAGGGUUACACACUCAUCCUGUGCGUGUGUGUGCGUGUACUCAUAUGCGUAUAGCCCACCACAGGGAUUCCAGGCAUAGCUGACUAAGUAAUCUUCAACUCCUUUAGGAAGCCACUUCAGUCAGUAGCAACUUCCAUUGAUGUCAAUGUACCAUACUACUCACCAGGCAGGCAGUGUACAAUACUGUUUAUUACAGCAUAGUGUACAUGGGCUUAUGUAAGUACAGCUUGUGUUCAGUUCACAGAUAGGUGUUUGUGGCUGGUGGUGGUGGUUGAUGGCAGUAACGCUAAGCUGUGUAACCGUGGUAACUGGGUGUCUCUGUUCCUUCCAGGUCUAUAACUUAAACAGAGACAGCCAGAGCGAAAGCAGUAAGUGACACAUUGGUAUUAAUUUUCUUUACAUUUACAUUUUAGUCAUUUAGCAGACGCUCUUAUCCAGAGCGACUUAUAGGAGCAAUUAGGGUUAAGUGCCUUGCUUAAGGGUACAUCGACAGAUUUUUCACCUAGUCGGCUCGGGGAUUAGAACCAGCGACCUUUCGGUUACUGGCACAACACUCUUACCCACAAAGCUACCUGCCACCCCUUUACUCUACCAUCUGUCCAUAUGAAUGCACACUGAUAAUUGAUGGGAUUCAUUCACUUCUCUACCUCUGUUUCUCCCUCUAUUUUUCUCUCUACCUAUCUCUCUUCCUCCCACUCUUUCUCUCUUUACCUUUCUCGUGCUCAUCCUCUCCCUCUCCCACUGUCCAUCACUACCUCUCUCCCUCCCCUCCCCCUCCCCUCUCUCGCCAUCUCUCUCCAUCUCUCAGUGGCCCAGCUGGAUGUGGUUGGCUUCAACGUUGUGAAGAAGUUCAUCUAUGCUGUGGAGACCAGAGGUAAUGAACUAAGGCUUGGCUGCUUACAGGCUUCACAGCUCUCUAAUACUACUGUAUUGUGAAUCUGGUGUCACUGGUCACUCUUACAGGUCCUAUCAAAUCUUUAUAUUGCUCUGUGCUGUUCCGUUCUGUCCCACAGGCAUUGAUGAGCAGGGCCUGUACAGGAUUGUUGGAGUAAACUCCAGGGUGCAGAAACUCCUGGGUCUCGCCAUGGGUAAGACAGAGAGAUAA